GAAUCCGGAGGAGUCCCCAGUAAGAACAGCAGCCGCCCAGGGGACCCACCAUGUACGCGUACAGCUGGCUGUUGCCCAGGGAAGGCGUCUGGCCGCCGCCGCAGCCGUUCACCUGCGCCUACCUGGCCGCCCCUCUGCUCCUGCCCCCCAUCCAGGCCCAUAGCUUCCGCAGCCGGCCCGGGAGCCUGCACACGGGCGAGUGGGCGGCCCCGCGAGAAUACCACCGCUUCUACGGCCCCGCCGCGCCGCCCGGGGCCGCACAGCCCUGGUGGGCCUGCCCUUCGGCCUACGCCGCGGCCCUGCUACCCCCCGGCCCCGCAGCCGGAAUCUCGGGACCGUCGCUACAGGCGCCAGCUGCUGCGGCGGAAAGCUGGACGCCCUGGCCCGAGGGCGGCAGCCUGCACACCGAGCUACGCUGGGGGCGCGUAGAGCGCGCGCGGGGCCCGCCUCUGCAGCUGCCCGACUUCGUGCGCCGGGAGCUGCGGCGCGCCUAUGGCACCUACCCGCGCGCCGACGUGCGCGUCACCCAGAGCCGCGGCCAGUUCCUGCUUCAGGCGACUCCGCACGUGCGCGAGCCCGAACGCCGCGUGGAGUGGCGCGUGCGGCGCCGGCCCGACAGCGGCGACAGCGGCCGAAGUCAGGAAGCCGCAGAGCGCGGCCGCCCCAGGAAGAGCAAGGGCCUGAGCUGAAGGCGCGGCCAAGCCUAACGACCGGCCCGCGUGCAUGCGCGCGCGGCUCCUUCCC